GUCGUUAGUCUUCUUGUAACGUUCGGUCUGGAAACAUGUGUUCGGUUAGUUAAACGGAAACCAACAACGAUCGUUCGUCUGUGCCUGCAAAGGAAAAAACAUAUGAAGAAUAGUUAGUGGCCGGUUUUUUUUUGUUUUGUACAUUUUUUGUUGAACAAAAGAGAGAGAAAACAAAAGUAAUCACAUUGAAAACCAAACCACAACAACACGAAAUAUUUAUGGAAACUUUUCGGCAAAUAAAUUGAUUCUUCUUUCACGAAAUAAGUGAAGUAAAGUGAAGAAAAGAAUUGACAGCAUACUAAAUGAUGUUGUCUGUCAGAGAAAAUAUGUAUAUAUGUAUGAAUAUCUCCCACAAAUCACAACUAUUAGCACGCUUUUGAAAAAAAAAAUGUAUUUUAUUUUCGAAAGUUAAGAUUCGUGCAAAGCUGUGAAAAAAAUAAAAAAAAAAACAAACGAGUGGAAAGUGCGUUUAAACAUUCAAGAAGUAGACAACAAUUUUGGGUGAAUGAACAAUAAAAAAAAACUACAAGUCGCAGCCAUAAAAACAACACUUGUUCCGUUGAAACCUACAAAAGGAAAACGAGGCAGAAAAGGAUUGAAUGACUAUAUGCUACCGUCGUCCACGUUUUGUUAAAAUUCGCGUAAGGAAUUUGGGAUUUUUUGUAGUUGAUCAUGGACAACGAGCAAACGGUGCGGCCGGUGCCGGCACCAAGACGUCUAUAUCCCGAACUACGUAAGAGCGAAUAUGAAAAUGUUGCCGUUGAACUUAUAAACAAAAAUCUUAACAUUAAAUCGGAAAAUCUCCAAACGAAUGCCAACAAUAAUGAAAAAGUACCAAAUAACAAGGUAUUCCUGCUGUACCCCACCCUCCCCGAAGAUGAUGACAUAACACCGACAAACAACAACAAUAAAUCCAUACUCACGGAAACAAAUGAUCUGUAUGGACCCAAUGCAAAUGAAAAUGUUGCCAUAUAUGCAGCACCAACACCGAAACCAGCCCCCCGUCCACGCAAGCCACAAAACAAUGAAAUACAAAGUUAUGAAAAUACGGUAAUUGUACCGGCCUCUUCUGGGGAACCAACUUCGUUGAACAGUUUAGACGGCUCCGGUGGAGCAGUUAAUAAAAUCAAUAAUGAAUCUGCAAUACAAGUAACACGUCGUGCUCCUGAACUGCCACCGAAAACCUAUUUAAAUUCUGAACGUGAAAUGGAACGGCGACGGCGUUAUUCCAUUUCCAGUGAAGUAUCGACCACAAGUAGUUACCACAAGGACUCCGAUCUGAAGGAUAUUAAUUUUAAACGAGACAAACUCAAUAAAUCAUCGAUGAGUUAUAAGUCAUCAACAUCUUCACUGGCCGAUUCCAUAGAGAGUUCGGAAAACAGCAAAUACAAGUCACCAUCACCCGGAGAUCUCCUUAAAUCAUUGGGUUCCACCUCAAAACAGCUAACCGAAUCCAUUGGAGAACGUGUGGCAUUGAAAGCAAGGGGAGCAAAACAUAAAUUGGACAAAAAUCUCAAAUCAUCGACGGAAGCCUUGAGUUCCAUUGGAUCAGGUACGACCAGCCGUCUAAAGAAAUUCGGAGCCAAUUUUACCACGCUGACAAAAAAGGAUAAAACCGCAACAGCAGAAUUUCACAUGGAUAGACCACAGACUUUGCCGCCCAAUGAUCAGGUUUUUAAUGGCAUCACCUUUACCAGCCCCUUGUCGCACAAGGCCAAAGGCAUGUAUGAUCUAAGGUCGCAACAGGAAGAUUUGGAUAACUCCUAUGAGGUGCCACGCAGUGUCAGAGUGCUUAAAACCGAGGAGGAUAAAGAAAAUGAGCUGUUGCAGCCUCCCUCAUACCAUGCGGUUAUGAAAACAUCUUCCAACUCAUCGCUGGCCACAUCGCAUGAAAACACACCAGUAUCGAGUAAAAGACCAAUAAUGACAAAUCCCUUGGCCCUGGAGGCAGCCAACAAAGUUUUAAACAAACGUUCACAGAAUUCCUUGUCCGCCGGCAGUUCUGAUACCAUUAAUUCCCGCGAUUCCAUUGAUAUGCCACCAUCACCCCCAAUGCCCUCUAUACCAGCUCCAGUGCUACCAUCAGAUUUUGCAAACAACAAUAACAACAACAACGAAGCUGCCUAUGGCAAAAUUAAUCCAGUUCAACCUCCAGUACGGCACAAACGCAGAAAAAACUAUGAAGAUAUACAGCUAAGAAGAGAACUGCCCGAGAUGAAUGUGACCAACCUAAGGCCCAACAUUGACUCCACAGAGCUGCAUGCCAUGAAUGCCGCUGCAGUGCAGGCAGAACGUGAAGAAUCCUUGAUUCUAAGGGAAAAACUCCUAGAAGAAGAAAAGAAAACACCACAGCCGGAUCGCAGCGAUUCAUGGGAAUAUUAUGAGGAUCAAGAUAAUGCCUCUACCUCCUCAUCGAAUGAGGUGGAUCCCAUCUAUGCCAAUCAAGAAGUUACCUAUGGCAAUGUCUUCGAAAUGGCCACCAGCAACAAAGACAUACUCACACCACGCAAUGCCCUAGUUCAGAUCUCCGAAGAAGAGUCAGCAGAUGAAUGUGAUUUGGGGGCGGUGGGUGGUUCGGCCACAGCCAAGCCCUCAAAGGAUAUUAUACAAGAAUUUGAUCCUCUAAUGCACAAGCGCGGCACAACCUUAAAAUGUGACGACAAAUCCAAUCAAUUGUUGUUGCUGGAGUAUCUGCUCGAAGAAGAUACCUAUGGCAGUGUGAACGAUCAAAGUUGUGCCAAAUCGGAUGAUGAUAUUAGCAUGUGUACUUCGGAAGAAGACAAUACACACAUGGCUGCUACUGCUGCCACAGAACUACCCAGCGGUGCUGUAAAAGUACUUCCCACACCUAAUUUGCCGGAAAAACAAUUGGAAAAACCUUCCACUUCCGCCAAACCGAUGCAAAUUGUCCAUCAGAAUGCCCAUUUGCUUUCUGAUAGUCGAGAAAAUAUGCUGGCAGAUGACUUUGAGGCCAGAGUCAAACCAUAUCUAAGUCGUGUUGAUGAAAAUCCCACCACAUCUUCCAAUAGGGUAGAUUUGAGCAAACCAUCCGCACAAAAACGUUCACAAUGGUUUGUGUCCGAUGACGAACAACAACAACAGAAACAGGGUAAUUCCCCACAAGCACGUUCGAAUCCCUUCAAUAAACCAAACAUUGAUGAUGGUGAAAGUCCACCGUCCUACCUGGAGGCCAUUGGGGAAUGCCCGGCGGAUAAGAACACAGAGACGACGACGACACAACAAAAACAUUCCUCUACCUCUCAACGCACCGCUGCCCGUUUUAUGAAUAACACAAAAAAUGUUUUUUCCAAUGUGAAAUUUCACGUUGAUGCCUUGAAACGCAAGGCCAGCUUUAAAACGCCCCAAAAGUCAUCUGAUGUCAAGGUGACAUUACAAAUGAUUCCACGUCCCAGUUUAUCACCGCUGCUGGUGCGAUACGAAGGUCCCUUGAUACGUUUCCCCUCCGGAGUGGUUGAAGAUAUCCUCAAAGAAAUGCAAAAUCGCAAAGCCAUCCUCAGAGAUCGCCAAUUCCAAACAUUCCUUGAUCAGGAGAUGAAAACGCCCAAAGAAGCCAUACCACUCGAAUACAUCACCACGCUGCAAUGUGUCAGCAAUAGUCGUGUCACAGAUAAUUCUACGCGAUUUUAUUGUUUUGAAAUGACCACAUCUAUACCGAAAAAUGGCAGUGGCGGAAGUUCUGGAGGUGUUCAGCAGUUAUCCAAUCCGAAUUUGAUAAUAACAUCUAGUUCGGCGGGUAAUGUAAAAUAUCAACGGACUUCACAUCUCUACGGUGUGGGCAAGGAGUCGGAGAGGGGAAUUUGGAUGCAAAAGCUUCUGGAAAGUUUAACAAAUGUGGUUCCAGUCAAGUAUACCUGUCAAUAUUACAGAGCUGGUUGGUGUUAUCUAAAGAAUUCCAUAACCUCGGAAUGGAGUGGAACCUGGUUGGUGCUGAAGAAAACUCAACGACGUUUGAUAUUUGUGACAGAAGCGACCGGCAAUGUUGAAAAAGUUGAUUUGAGGAAAGCAAGAUGUAUUGUUCUCAAAGACAGUGAUGACACCAUCAAAAACUUACAUGUGGAAAAUGGACCAAUGCUUAUGAUCGAUGCACCGCCAUUUACCGUCUACAUGAUAAUGAGUACACCGCGUGAAACGAAAAUAUGGCGACACAUAAUACGUGAAGUGGCCCACAAUAAUGGCUUCACACUGGCCGAUCAACAAUUGACCAAAUUUAAUGUUCCCGUUAUUGUUGAUAAAUGCAUUAAUUUCGUUUACAUACAUGGUUCAAUGUCGGAAGGUAUUUAUCGUAAAUCGGGAUCAGAAAACUCCAUACUGAAGUUGAUGUCCGCAUUUCGGGCUGAUGCAUUUAAUGUCGAAAUAACCCGCAACGAAUACAAUGAACAUGAUGUGGCAAAUGUCUUGAAACGUUUUAUGCGUGAUUUACCCGAAAGACUAAUGGGUAAAUUAUCGGAAAGUUUUAUUUGUGUAUCCGAGCUGAGAACUUCAACGGAGAAGAUACCACUGUACAAAGAGUUACUAGCCCGCCUCAGUGUCAUAGAAAGGGAAACACUCAAGAAAAUUGUGGGCCAUUUGGCUUUUAUUAGUUCACAAAAGGCCAAAAAUAAAAUGAGCAUACAAAACCUGACAAUGAUCUGGGGACCAACUCUAAUGCAGAAUCAUCAAUCCCAAGAGGAAAUGGUCUAUUCGCAAAAGGAAGCCGAUGUAUUUGCUGAUUUGAUAACACUGUACAAGAAUUUAUUCCCAUUGUCCCCUGAUGAAAUGAAAAAGGAACAAGAAAUGUUGUUGUGUCUGCAAAAAUACUAUGCAGCGGCAGAGUCGUUAUCCGAUUCUGUUAAAAAGUCUGGAGAUUUGAAGAUGUGGAUAACACUCAAUCCCAAUCCAGAGAAUACCACAGAGGAAAAGACUCAAGUGAAUGUCACCAUUUCGCCGACAAAAACCGCCUAUGAAAUUUGCCAAGAACUUGCACCGAAAAUGAAAUUAUCCACCCAUCAAGUGACACUGCACGAAGUCAUAUGCAAUGGCAAUUUGGAGAGACCUCUACACCAUGAUACCAAAGUGUUCGAUGUUGUUCUAAAUUGGUCCUAUUGGCCCGAGGAUGAUCGUAAAAAUAAUAAUUUAGUUGUUAAACCUUUGGAUUUCCUAAACGAAGUGCAAAGAGCGGUGAAAAAUCUGGCCACCGUUACGCCGGGCAAAGAAUUGAGAUUUGCCGAUAAUAAGACAAAAUCCUUUAAGGCAUAUCAAUGUGAUUUGAGGGAUGGUAAAAUAGUUGUCUCCAAAAAGGAUAAAAACGAUAAGACAACAAUUGUACGAGAAAUCUUCCUGCACAGUACCACCGCCUAUUUGGGUUGUGAAAAGAAGCGAGAUGUACCGUGGAAUUGGUCAAUUACAUUCGUUGAAAAGACACAAACGCAAAUUAUGAGAUCUCGAGAUUCACCAUUCAUUGGACAUGUAUUGGCGGGCAGUGAAUGGGUUGAUCGAACCAUCUGGUAUUCCAGCAUAUGGUAUUGUUUAUAUGGCGAUAGUAUAUUACCACCAGCAGAAAUUAUUAUUAAGUAAAAUUAGUUUACAGCGAUUUAAUGAAAUGUGAAUUUAUAAUACAAAUUUUUAAGUCGAAAUACCAUAUAAUUAUCUUUACUACAAGUAAGACGAACAAUUCCAACAACAUUAUUAAAUUCUAGAAAACAACAAACCAUUAUAUAUUGUAAAUUACUGCAUUUUUAGAAAAUAUAUUCACCAGAAUUUGUCACGAAACACAAGUCUGGAACUUGCCUGCUUUCAAAAUAUAUAUUUUCUCCAACCAAUCAUUCUUUAGAAUGUAAAUAUCGUACACUUAAUUAUAAAGUAAAAAGAAGCAAUUGUUAAUUUUAAGGGUUUUUUUAAAGUUAUGCUGAAUAUUUUUUUUAUUAAAAAUAAAUAAUUGUUAAUUUAAAUUUUUUAUUAUUUUUUUAUAAUUAUGUUACGCACAUAUGCAAUUAUUAUUAUUUUUUAAUUAAGUACUAUAUUUAAAUUAAAUAUAUAUAAAAACUGUAUUUUGUU